AAGAAGAGAGGAAGAAGAAGGGAAGAGAAGAAAAGAAAGAUUGAGAAGAGUGGACAUGGAGCAUCUACCAUCACACGUCGAUAUACUGCCCAAGAGAAUAAUAUUGGUGAGGCAUGGAGAGAGCCAAGGCAACCUAGACGACACUGCCUACACCACCACCCCAGACAAUCAGAUCCCUCUCACCUCUCACGGCAUCGACCAAGCCCGCUUCGCCGGCCAACGUAUCCGCCACCUGCUCUCCGACGACGGCCUCUCCCACAACUGGAAGGUUUACUUCUACGUAUCACCCUACCGCCGUACUCGAUCCACCCUUAGAGAGAUCGGUAGGUCUUUUCCCAGGAACCGAAUCCUCGGGGUCAGGGAGGAAUGCAGGAUCAGGGAACAAGAUUUCGGCAAUUUCCAGGUGGAGGAGCGGAUGAAGGCCAUAAAGCUAGCCCGUGAGCGAUUCGGCCGCUUCUUCUUCCGAUUCCCUGAUGGCGAGUCCGCCGCCGAUGUCUUCGACCGCCUUUCCAGUUUCAUGGAGUCGCUGUGGAGGGACAUAGACAUGAAGAGGCUUGAUCACCAUCACAAACGUGGUGAUGAGACAAACCUCAUCAUCGUGUCGCACGGGCUGACCAUGCGAGUGUUCCUGAUGAAAUGGUUCAAGUGGACGGUGGAGCAAUUCGAGCACCUCAACAAUCCGGGCAACUGUGAAUUCCUGGUCAUUCAAUUGGGUUCAGGUGGAGAUUACAGCCUUGCCAUCCAUCAUUCCGAGGAGGAGCUCCUCCACUUGGGACUUUCCCCCGAGAUGAUCGCCGACCAGAGAUGGCGCGCCAGCGCCACUAAGGGGGACUGGAACGAGAAACACUCUUGGUACCUCGAUGGCUUCUUUGAUCAUCUACCUUCUUCCGAUUCCUCCUCUUCCGACUCCGACGACAAUAAUAAUAACAACAAUGUUCAUCACGACCACCAGGGGGAAAAGGAAAACAACGCCCCUGUCAAAUGCUAA